CAUGAAAUGAAAUGCAAUCCUAUCUUUAUGAUAUUGUAAGAGAAUGAAUGCAGCGUACUGCUUCAAUUAAAUGUCAUUUAUCCUUCAUUUGAUGGCAUUAGACCUCAAUAAGAGCUGGAAGACAUGUUAUGUUCUGAUAUAGGGGGCGCUGUAACAUUCCUCUCACUAUGUGUCACUGUGUUUUCUAUGCCCCCACCUCAGCUAGUGCGUCUAGUCGGGGGAUCUGACCCAAGAGCAGGGAUCGUAGAAGUGUACCACAAUGGUAGCUGGGGGUACCUAUGUGGUGGCGCCAUUGACACUCGGGAUGAUGCCUCUGUAACAUGUCGUCAACUAGGCUACCCAGAUGCCAUUCCAAUCACAAUAUCCGGGUGGAUAUUUGAAUGGGUUGAGAAGCCAUUUGUGUUAGACAAGGUCACAUGUACAGGAGAUGAGGCUGCCUUACAAGAUUGUCCAAACUCUGGAUGGAGGGACUACAUCCCUCCUUUUUAUAAGUGUUACAAGAACUGGGCUAGUACACUGUGGUGUGCCCCAGAGGUGCCAAAAGUGCGCCUGGUUGGAGGUCGAGGGGGUUGGGAGGGGAAUGUGGAGGUCCAUUCACUAGGCAAAUGGGGCUACAUUUGUAACCCAUCUUAUAACAUAGACAUUGAAAGGAUGACAAAGCAAGCCCAGGUAAUAUGUGGCCAGCUUGGAUUCAACAGAGAGGACGCCUAUCCUUUGUUUGACAACUUCUUUGAUGUAGUUGAUGAGAGUGACUAUGUCAUUGUGCCAAACUUCCUAUGUGAUGGAACAGAAGACUCUCUCAUGGACUGUGACUAUAAUGGCUUUAUUGAUGACCUGAAAUGCUACCACAGACAUGCAUUUGCUGUAUCAUGUAAAAAGGAGCCUGUUAAAUUGAGACUGGUUGAUGGAGAAUCAGAAACCAGGGGAAGGCUUGAGGUAUAUGGCUAUGGGAAGAAAAGCCCAGUGUGUGGGUACCUAUUCAAUGAAGAUGAAGCAACAGUUGCAUGCAGAGAGUUAGGUAUAGACCCUCAAGGCACAAAGCCUGCAGUUCUCCCUAGUCACCGUUUCUUUCGUUCAACUUUGGAGAGGACGCGUUUGAGUGGCGUAGACUGUCAUGGAGAUGAAGAGACAUACCAGAAGUGUUAUAAUGUCCUGUUUGGGAGAAUCCCUCGUAUCAGACAUGAUGAUAUCAUUGAGGGGUGUGGGGAGAGGGAUCAGAUUGGUAUUGACUGUCGACCAGACCCAAUACAAGUCCGGUUAGUAGAUGGACCCAAUGAAAGAUCUGGGCGUGUUGAGGUGUACUAUGCUGGGGUGUGGGGGACUAUAUGUGGCAAGGACUUUGAGAAGAUACAUGCAGAGAUAGUGUGUAGCACGCUGGGGUUUGGCACUGAGAAUACUAUAGCCUAUCAGGCGUCACCAUAUGGCACUGGGUCUCUGGCUCUAGUCAUGCAGAUUGCACUGGACUGUGACCCCUCUGAUCUAAGGUUUGAGAGGUGCCAAAUGAUAUGGGACAGUGCUGGCCCUCUCUGUGCAGACUGGAAUGACAAUGAUAGCAUGUUUGUUGCCGCUGUGGCAUGUGGAGAAGUAGAGAAUGUAAUAGUUUAGGAGUUUGAGUCUUGAGUCCUGGAGUAGAGUCUAACAGGUUAAAGACAUAACAGAUGUUACAAAUGUGACCAUAUUGAAAUAUUAUACUAGUAUAGCACUACAUGUAAAAGUUGUUUAAUAAAUAAAGAUGAUUUUGCUAUCAAA